GCCGAGUUGUCGAAGCAAUAUCCCCAGGAUAGUUUCUCUCAUCAAGCAUAAGUCUUUCACAGACACACAUUAUUAUUAUCAUUAACGAAGCGAGGCUUCAGCGCACUCGCACAGGCAAUCUUUAGUCACAAAGUAUCGCACACUCGCAUCAGCAGCAGGCGACUCUGCAAAUGAAGCGGCUUCAGCGCCUGGAUGUUUUCCCAAAGUUCGAUCGGAAGUUUGAGCAGGAUGCGCGUCAACGCACCGUCACCGGCGGCUGCUUCUCCCUCGCCGCCGUUGCCAUCAUCCUCUGGCUCCUCAUUGGCGAGGUCCGCUACUUCGCCUCGUCGGAGGAGCACCACGAAAUGUUCAUCGACGCCGAGCUGGGCGGGGAUAUGGAGGUCCGGGUCAACGUGACUUUCCCUCACGUCCCAUGCGACCUCCUCACGCUGGACGCGAUGGACGCCUUCGGCGUGUUCGCGAACGACGUGGAGGGCAACACCGUGAAGACGCGCAUCGACGCCGCCACCGGGCUGCCCAUCAGCGAGGCCCGCAAGCUGGUCGAUGAGAAGAAGAUCAUGACGAGAGCGAUCGACCCGGAUGGGGUGGAGAAGGAGGACUGCCCGAGCUGCUACGGCGCCGAGCAGGACCCCGGCGACUGCUGCUACACCUGUGAGGAGGUGCGGCAGGCGUACGCGCGAAAGGGGUGGACCUUCAACGUGGACGACAUCAGCAUCGAGCAAUGCGCGGAGGACCGGGUCAAGCUGGCCGCCGCCGCCGCCGGGCGCGAGGGCUGCAACGUGCACGCGAAGUUCUCCGCGUCGCGGGCGACGGGCAGUCUACAGUUCAUUCCCGGACGCAUCUACAACACCCUGGGGCGGCGCCUGCACGACUUUAUGGGCAGCACCACCCGCCAGCUCGACCUCAGCCACGUGGUGCACACCCUCGAGUUUGGGCAGCGCUUCCCAGGCCAGCGCAACCCCCUCGACGGCGCCGCGCAGGGCUCCGCCGCCAGCGGGAACGCGCAGGACGCGAUGAACGGCCGCUUUAGCUACUUUGUGAAGCUCGUCCCGACCACCUACCAGCGACAGUCGCUCUUCACCGGUCUGCAAGACGUGGUGGAGUCGAACCAGUACUCCGCCACGCACCACUUCACACCCAGCGCAGCAGCGGCACUGCCUGGGAGUGCGGCAGCGGCGGCAGCGCAGCCGAGCAUCAUCCCCGGUGUGUUCAUCACCUACGACCUCUCCCCCAUUCGUAUUGUAGUGCAGCAGGAGCACCCGUACCCGUCUGUGGUGCAUUUCCUCCUGCAGCUGUGUGCGGUAUGUGGCGGUGUGCUGACCGUGGCGGGAUUGGUGGACUCCAUGUGUUUUCAUGGAGCUCGCAGACUACGUAAGAUGCGCGAAGGCAAGCAGCUGUAG